AUGCUUUUCUACCUGAAAGUUUUACCUGUGCCUCCUCCUGUUGAAAAUGAUGAACUUAAAGUUUCAGCUGACCUUAAUUAAUUUCCAAUUAAAUUUGCUGGAGCUAAUGUACUAGAUGAAUAACCAGUUGGAGGAAGAAAAACAUUUGCUAUUAGUUUAUACACAGAAGCAAUGGAUGGUGGAGGAGAAUAUAUAUAAUAGACAGUUCUCCCACUUGGCUAGGGUUUGAAGUCAAAAGCAUGGGAAUUGAGACAGAGUAUGUUUUUGAAGAAAUGGCAGGACUCUUUCAGAAGCCAUAUGAAUUGCACAUAUCAAGAAGAUUGGAAAAAGAUAAUUGUAGAUUGA